AAUCUGCCAAUCAGACCCACAGAAAUCUCCGAAACGCAGCCUUCGAUUCUGCGAAUCAAUUCCGAUCAUCCAAUACCCGCCGCCCCAUGUCUGAAUCAAAGCCAAACGCCACAGUCUCCCGCUCAGAUGGAGGUGUGAAAGGACCUAAUAUAUUUGAAAGAGCAAAGGAUGAAAUGAAAGCAGUCAAAAGUAGUUAAUAUCAAACUCGAUAAGCAUGAACUUACCAUCGUGAUAUUAUAUUAGAAACAUAUAAAUUAGGUAUUAUGAAUAAAUAAUUUAUUAAUUU